GGAAACGCGCUACGACAUGCGCGUAGUGCAUAGCAACAUACAAACUACUGUUGCUGUUAAGUUGAUUCGAGAAGAGUGUACAUCUGUUUACACUUAUUUCGGCAAAAUGGAAUCAUCAGGGCUUCAUCUUGACAUCGAUUAUGUUGGAAGCAGUGGGGUUAUCCUCAGUCCGGAACAGAAAGCAGCCUUGCAAACAUCUUUAGUCAUUCUACAAAGUCAUAACAAAUUCCACAAAGUUUAUCUGUGGGGUAAAAUUUUGGGUGUGAAAGAUGAUUAUUUCAUCGCACAAGGUGUAUCCAGGGAUGAAAUGAUUGAGAAGAAAACAUUUUAUAGCAAAGACUGUGUCAACUGGGGUUUAUUGCCACCUGCCACAAAAGCUAUGCGUGACCAAAGCAAGCUGGCAAAGGGACGCUUCACUGGAGACCCAUCAUACGAGUUUGAACACACAGAAACAAAGAAAGUUGGUGAGGGUGAAGAUGCUCAGGAGGAAGAAGAAACUAUCUCCAUCAAGGAAGAAGACAGGCUGUCAUCUGUCAUUGCAGAUAUUGAUGAUGAUGUUAAAAUUGUCCCCAGAGGAGCUUUUGUACAGACACCAACAGGCGAAGUGAUAGCAAAUCGUAGUUUUGAAGGUUUGAUUGUGUCUGAAGCUGCCAAGCUUUGUUCAUACAUGCACUUCAGGGAACCUAAACUCCUGCCAGAGAAGUCUCUCCUUCAAAAAGCCAACAUGGACAAGUCAAUUGACUUCAUGGACAACUUGGAAGAAGACAUCCCCAAAGGAGCCUGGAGUUUACAGUUUGAGCGUGGCAGUGGGUUGGUGUCUCUCCGCAGUCUCUUAUGGCAGGGCUAUGUAUUCUACCAUAUCCCAGGCUGUAAAAAGUAUGGUUCUAUCUACGUAGGAACAGGCGAGAAAAACCUUGACCUGCCUUUUAUGUUGUAACUUUAACCUGACAACUAAGCAGACUCAAAAUCAGUUUACAAUGAAAUAAACAUCUACUGUGGGUUUUGAAAUCCUAC